AUGGCAACGAAAUCAUACUACAUCGUUGUCCUCCCUGGCGAUGGUAUUGGUCCCGAAGUCACCGCACAAGCAACCCGCGUACUUCAGGUUAUAUCGGCCUCAUCAGAUGACGUGAAACUCGUCCUGGAGCCCCAUGAUUUCGGCGGAUGUGCAAUCGAUAAGCAUGAUGUGCCUUUGCCUGCGUCAACCCUGACAGUGUGUCAAAAGGCAGAUGCAAUCCUGAUGGGUUCGGUCGGUGGACCUAAAUGGGGCCCGGAGUGUAAGAUUCGCCCCGAGCAAGGACUCCUUACACUCCGCAAGGCGUUGGGCCUGUACGCCAACGUCCGCCCGGCUAGCUUUGCGUCUGAGUCUUUGUUAUCAUACUCGCCGUUGAAACCAGAGGUCGCUCAGGGUGUCGACAUGAUCGUUAUUCGUGAACUUAUCGGUGGCUUGUACUUUGGUCCCCGACAAGAGCAAGGGGACGGUGAUAGCGCGUAUGACACCAUGAUAUACAGCGUUGCCGAGGUGGAAAGAAUCACACGCGUCGCAGCACAAAUCGCCUUGGCUGCUAACCCACCUCUUCCCAUUCACUCGAUCGACAAAGCCAAUGUCCUCGCUAGCUCCAGACUUUGGCGCAAAGUCGUGACGGAAACUCUGAAGAAAGAGUACCCUCAGCUUACCCUUGAUCAUCACCUCGUCGACUCUGCUGCCAUGUUAAUAGUGUCUAAUCCCAGGAAGUUAAACGGCGUUAUCCUUACUGAAAACAUGUUCGGAGACAUCUUAUCCGACGAGGCAAGCGUUAUUCCUGGCUCUCUAGGAUUGCUACCCUCCGCAUCCUUGGCGGGGGCACCGGCAUCACCUUCAAGCCCCUCAUUUAAACCAAACCUUGGACUUUAUGAGCCCAUUCAUGGUUCAGCACCUGAUAUCGCUGGCAAGGGUAUUGCUAACCCUGUCGGAACCAUCCUUAGUGCUGCAAUGCUCCUGAGGUACUCUCUCGGCCUUGAAAAGCAAGCUCAGGCCAUUGAGGCCGCCGUCCGCAAGGUUCUCGACGAUGAGAGCAUCGGCGGCUAUGGCCUGCGAACAGCUGAUCUAGGUGGCAAGGCAACAACCGCGGAGUUUGGCGAUAGGGUGGUAGAAGUACUCAAGGAAUUGCUGUAG